GGGGACGUUGACAAGUGGAUCCAAGAUGGCGUAGAAAGUAAUGACAGGAAUUGGAUGAAGUAAUUGAUCACUAAAGAACUACAGUGCUGGUGAGAUGUGUAAGAUUGAGGCAUUCUUUUGACAUUUGCCUUACCAAAACCAAAAAACAAAAAACAAAACUUGGGAGAGGAAGGUGGACGUAAAUCAAGAUCCUUUUAAAUUAUAAAGAGCUCUGAUGGGCUAUUUGGGUGAUCCCCAGUGCAGUGAACUGCAGGAUUUUUGUCCCUGAGUCAUGGAAGACAGAAGAGCUGAGAAGUCAUGUGAACAAGCGUGUGAAUCACUUAAGAGGCAGGACUAUGAAAUGACCCUCAAGCACUGCACAGAGGCCCUCCUUUCUCUUGGCCAGUACUCCAUGGCCGACUUCCCAGGGCCAUGUCCACUGGAGAUAGAAAGCAUCAAAAUUGAGAGUCUUCUUUAUAGAAUUGCCUCAUUUUUGCAACUGAAAAACUAUGGGCAAGCUGAUGAAGAUUGUAGGCAUGUGCUGGGAGAAGGCCUGGCCAAGGGAGAUGGGGCCUUUCAGGCAGUGCUCUGCUGUAUGCAGCUGAAAGGAAAGCUUCAACUGGUAUCCAGCAUUCUUGCCAAGUCACUGACAGGAGAGUCCCUGAAUGGGAUGGUAACAAAAGAUUUGACAAGACUAAAAACACUUCUCACAGAAACAGAGACAGCCACUAGUAACGUCCUGUCUGGAUAUCACGUGGAAGACUUGGAAGGGGGAUCUUGUAAUGGUUGGCAUUUCCGCCCACCACCUAGGGGAAUCACAAGCAGCGAGGAAUAUACUUUGUGUAAAAGAUUUUUAGAGCAAGGAAUCUGUAGGUAUGGUGCGCAGUGUACUUCAGCACAUUCCCAGGAAGAACUAGCAGAAUGGCAGAAAAGAUAUGCUUCACGCUUGAUAAAAUUGAAACAGCAAAAUGAGAAUAAACAGCUCUCAGGCAGUUACAUGGAAACCUUGAUAGAAAAGUGGAUGAAUUCAUUAUCUCCUGAGAAAGUGCUUAGUGAAUGUAUAGAAGGAGUAAAAGUAGAGCAUAAUCCUGAUCUGUCGGUCACUGUCAACACCAAAAAGUCUCACCAGACAUGGACCUUUGCUCUUACUUGUAAGCCUGCAAGAAUGCUGUAUCGUGUAGCAUUGCUUUAUGAUGCUCAUCGUCCUCAUUUUAGUAUCAUUGCAAUAUCUGCCGGAGAUAGUACUACCCAGGUAUCACAAGAAGUCCCAGAAAACUGUCAAGAAUGGAUAGGAGGAAAGAUGGCCCAAAAUGGAUUAGAUCAUUACGUGUAUAAAGUCGGGAUAGCAUUUAACACAGAAAUAUUUGGAACUUUUCGCCAAACCAUAGUUUUCGACUUUGGAUUGGAACCAGUACUCAUGCAAAGAGUAAUGAUUGAUGCAGCUUCUACAGAAGAUCUUGAAUACCUGAUGCAUGCAAAACAACAGCUAGUAACCACAGCUAAGCGUUGGGAUUCUUCUUCUAAGACUAUUAUAGAUUUCGAACCCAAUGAAACUACUGAUUUGGAGAAGAGCCUUCUUAUCAGAUACCAAAUUCCUCUCUCUGCUGACCAGCUGUUCACCCAGUCCGUUUUAGACAAAUCGUUGACCAAGACCAACUAUCAGUCACGGCUGCAUGACCUUCUUUAUAUUGAGGAGAUAGCCCAGUAUAAAGAAGUCAGCAAGUUCAACCUUAAAGUGCAGUUGCAGAUUCUAGCAAGUUUCAUGCUCACUGGAGUUUCUGGAGGUGCAAAGUAUGCUCAGAAUGGACAACUUUUUGGUCGCUUUAAGCUUACUGAAACACUUUCUGAAGAUACUUUGGCUGGACGGCUGGUGAUGACCAAAGUCAAUGCUGUUUAUUUAUUACCAGUCCCUAAAGAGAAGUUAGUACAGACCCAGGGAACCAAAGAGAAGGUUUAUGAAGCUACUAUUGAAGAAAAAACAAAAGAAUAUAUAUUUUUAAGGAUAUCCAGGGAAUGCUGUGAAGAACUUAAUCUUCGGCCUGAUUAUGACACACAGGUUGAACUUCAGUUUCAAUUAAAUCGAUUACCCCUCUGUGAAAUGCAUUAUGCGCUAGACAGGAUCAAGGACAAUGGGGUUUUGUUUCCAGACACCACUAUGACUCCAACCAUACCUUGGAGUCCUAACAGACAAUGGGAUGAGCAGUUGGAUCCUCGGCUAAAUGCAAAACAGAAAGAGGCUGUCCUGGCCAUUACAACUCCACUUUCAAUACAGCUGCCUCCUGUUCUCAUCAUUGGACCCUAUGGGACAGGCAAAACAUUCACUCUAGCUCAGGCUGUCAAGCACAUACUCCAGCAGCAGGAGACGAGCAGGAUCCUCAUUUGCACCCAUUCUAAUAGUGCUGCUGACCUCUACAUAAAGGAUUAUUUACAUCCAUAUGUAGAAGCAGGCAAUCCCCAGGCAAGACCUCUCAGGGUAUAUUUCAGAAAUCGCUGGGUAAAGACUGUCCACCCAGUUGUGCAUCAGUACUGUUUGAUCUCAAGCGCACAUUCCACCUUUCAGAUGCCACAGAAAGAAGAUAUUCUUAAACACCGAGUGGUUGUUGUUACAUUGAAUACUUCCCAGUACCUCUGUCAGUUGGACCUUGAACCUGGGUUUUUUACACACAUUCUAUUAGAUGAAGCUGCCCAGGCCAUGGAGUGUGAAACCAUUAUGCCUCUAGCAUUAGCAACUAAAAACACUCGGAUUGUCUUGGCUGGUGACCACAUGCAGCUCAGUCCUUUUGUUUACAGCGAGUUUGCCAGGGAGAGAAACCUUCAUGUUUCAUUACUUGAUCGACUCUAUGAGCAUUACCCUGCUGAGUUUCCAUGUAGGAUCCUCCUCUGUGAGAACUACCGCUCCCAUGAAGCUAUCAUCAAUUACACCUCUGAGCUCUUCUAUGAGGGCAAAUUGAUGGCCAGUGGAAAGCAACCAGCACACAAGGAUUUCUACCCACUAACUUUCUUUACAGCACGAGGGGAAGAUGUACAAGAAAAAAAUAGCACAGCUUUUUAUAAUAAUGCAGAGGUAUUCGAAGUGGUGGAACGUGUGGAAGAGUUGAGAAGGAAGUGGCCAGUAGCGUGGGGGAAGUUGGAUGACGGCAGUAUUGGUGUGGUCACUCCGUAUGCUGAUCAAGUGUUCAGGAUACGUGCUGAACUUCGAAAAAAGAGAUUAUCCGAUGUUAAUGUAGAAAGGGUGCUAAAUGUUCAAGGAAAACAGUUCAGAGUUUUGUUUCUUAGCACAGUGCGUACAAGGCAUACUUGUAAACACAAACAGACACCGAUAAAGAAGAAAGAGCAGCUGCUGGAAGAUUCCACGGAGGAUUUAGAUUAUGGUUUUCUCUCUAACUACAAACUUCUCAAUACCGCCAUCACAAGAGCACAAUCCCUGGUUGCUGUGGUGGGCGAUCCCAUUGCUCUGUGCUCUAUUGGAAGAUGCAGGAAAUUUUGGGAACGGUUUAUUGCCCUGUGUCAUGAAAAUAAUAGCCUACACGGAAUCACUUUUGAACAGAUCAAAGCUCAGCUAGAGGCUUUAGAACUCAAGAAGACGUAUGUGUUGAAUCCACUGGCACCUGAAUUUAUCCCCCGGGCUCUACGACUGCAGCAUUCAGGAAAUACCAACAAACUGCAGCAGUCACCCCCCAAGGGGAAAAACCUCCAUCAUACCCAGAAUGAUCAUUUCCAGAACGAUGGAAUUGUUCAGCCCAAUCCUUCUGUACUUAUUGGCAAUCCUAUUAGAGCAUAUACUCCUCCACCCCCUCUUGGACCUCAUCCAAAUUUGGGGAAAUCUCCAAGCCCUGUUCAAAGAAUAGAUCCUCACACUGGGACAAGUAUUCUUUACGUACCUGCUGUCUAUGGAGGGAAUGUAGUUAUGUCGGUGCCUUUACCUGUACCAUGGACAGGGUACCAGGGCAGAUUUGCAGUCGAUCCUCGGAUCCUUACGCACCAGGCAGCAAUGGCCUACAAUAUGAACCUCUUACAGACACACGGACGGGGGUCUCCCAUACCGUAUGGCCUUGGGCACCACCCACCCGUCAGCAUAGGGCAGCCGCAAAACCAGCAUCCGGAGAAGGAGCAACAUGAGCCAAGUCGAAAUGGUAAAAGUGAUACAAAUAAUCCUGGACCUGAAAUUAAUAAGAUUCGAACACCAGAGAAAAAGCCUACAGAAUCAAAACAGAUUGAUUUGGAAUCCAAUCCACAGAACAGAAGUCCUGAGUCGCGUCCUGGUGUGGUUUAUCCCAAUACCAAAUUUCAUCGCAAAGAUAAUCUCAACCCAAGACACAUAAAUCUUCCUCUCCCGGCUCCCCAUGCACAGUAUGCCAUCCCCAGUCGUCAUUUUCAUCCCCUUCCCCAGCUGCCCAGACCACCGUUUCCGAUUCCACAGCAGCACGCCCUGUUAAAUCAGCAGCAGAGUAAUUUGCCUGAACAACCAAAUCAGAUGCCACCCCAGCCAAAUCAGGUAGUCCCGCCGCCGAAUCCGCUGAACCAGCUGACUCCGCAGCCGCCGCCUCAGCUUUCUCCUGCCUAUCAGGCAGGACCCAACAGCGCUUUCUUUAAUAGCGCCGUGUCUCACCGCCCGCAGUCCCCACCCGCAGAGGCUGUGAUCCCCGAGCAGCAGCCGCCUCCCAUGCUGCAGGAAGGCCAUGGUCCUCUGCGAGCCAUCGCACAGCCCGGCCCCCUCCUUCCGUCACAUCUGAGUAACUUCACUGAUGAGAACCCCCCGGGAUUGCCUGUAGGGGAGGCUUUAGAUCGUAUGCACGGGAGCGUAGCUCUAGAAACACUAAGGCAGCAGCAAGUGCGGUUCCAGCAGUGGAACGAGCAUCAGGCCUAUCUCGGUCAGGGCAGUAUUCCGUACCCGCACCAUCACCGCCCGCAUCCUCACCUCCAGCACCUUCCUCAGACGCCCAUUGGAUUGCAUCAGCCCCCAGUGAGAGCAGAGUGGAAGCUCCCUGGCAGUGCCGAAGAUGAAGCAGAAACCACAGACACCAGGUUUCAAGACUUAAUCAGAGAACUGUCUAAUCGUGAUCAAAGUGAAACACGGGAACUAGCUGAAAUGCCACCACCUCAAUCAAGACUUUUGCAAUAUAGACAAAUUCAGACUAGGAGCCCACCAGCAGUCCCAUCUCCCCCAUCCAGCACAGACCACAGUAGCCACUUUUCUAACUUUAAUGACAACAGCAGAGACAUUGAAGUAGCCAACAACCCAGCAUUUCCACAGCGCCUACCGCCCCAGAUAUUCAGCUCGCCUUUCUCGUUGCCAUCUGAACACCUUGCCCCUCCUCCCUUGAAAUACCUGGCACCUGACGGAGCAUGGACUUUUGCUAACUUACAACAGAAUCACCUAAUGGGGCCGGGUUUUCCCUAUGGCCUACCUCCAUUGCCGCACAGGCCACCGCAAAACCCUUUUGUACAAAUACAGAAUCAUCAACAUGCUAUUGGUCAAGAGCCAUUUCACCCAUUGUCAUCUCGAACAGUAUCUUCUUCUUCGCUCCCUAGCUUAGAAGAGUAUGAACCCAGAGGACCUGGUCGGCCCUUGUACCAAAGAAGAAUCUCAUCUAGCUCAGUCCAGCCUUGUUCUGAAGAAGUAAGCACUCCUCAAGACAGUCUUGCUCAGUGUAAAGAGCUUCAGGACCAUAAUAACCAAUCUUCUUUCAACUUUUCAUCCCCGGAGUCCUGGGUAAACACCACCUCAUCUACCCCCUAUCAGAACAUUCCGUGUAAUGGAUCCAGCAGGACAGCUCAGCCCAGAGAGUUGAUCGUUCCACCCAAGACCGUCAAACCCCCUGAGGAUCAGCUGAAGUCUGAGAACCUCGAGGUGUCCAGUUCCUUCAACUAUAAUGUGCUGCAGCAUCUCGGCCAGUUCCCCCCUCUCAUGCCCAACAAGCAGAUCGUGGAGUCGGCCAACAGCAGUAGCCAGCAGAGCUCUGGGGGCAGCAAGCCCGCCAUGUCUUAUGCCAGUGCUUUGCGGGCCCCUCCCAAGCCCAGGCCCCAGCCCGAGCAGGCCAAGAAGAGUAGCGACCCUCUGUCUCUGUUCCAGGAACUUAGCCUGGGGAGCUCAUCAGGCAGCAAUGGCUUUUACUCCUAUUUUAAAUAAUCACUUUUUUUUCCCCCUCAAGGGAGAAUGUUUUAAUUUCUGUUUGUAUCAGUAGAAUUAAGAUAGUUGGACUUCAUCUAUAGAUGCACAGUUCCCUUUGUUUUAAUAUUAAAUAUGUUCUCACUUACUUGCUUUGCUGCUAGACUUGCGACUAAUUUUUUAAAAGUAUAUUCCAUUAUUUUGCAUUUUUGACGUGAGUCUUUUGACAGCUUUUAUGUAGAAUAAAAAAUAUUUUUAAAUUUGUGUAUUGUUACAUAUGUUUGCAUCAAGCUAGCAGCUAAGAGGUUAAUUGUGCAACUAUAAAAAAAAAAGAAAAAAAAACUUUGUCUAAAAUGUAUUUAAAAAGAAAAAAAAUUGUAAGUAGCAUUUACAUUUAUUCAAUAAUAUUACCAUAUGCUGGGUUUCUGUACCAGAAAUGGCCAGUUGAUGUACAAAUGUAUGUUAUUUUUGCUUAAAUUCAUUUAAAAUUUUUUAAAAUAAAGGGGCAGCAUCUUCUAAAUACUUUAAGUUUUAUCAGCUUUUUUUUUUUUUUUUUUUUGGUGACAAGAUGCUGCAUUCUAAAACUUUUAUAGUUUUAGACUAUGUAUGAUGUGCUGUUGUAAUCUCCAUCCACUGUAGGAUAGAGUUAAAGGCAUUCUUUGCAGGUGUAUUUUGUAUGCCACUGUUUUUUGUAACAUGAAAAAACAUUGGCAUAUUUAGUUAUUUUUUGGACAAGCUAUACUUCAAGCUUGUUUUUAACGUUCAUUUGGUAGUGUGUGUGUGUGUGUGUUUUUUUUUUUAAACAAAUCAUGAAGCUGAAAAAUUUUUAGGAUUGUUGGUGCUUAGUAGACUUGAUAACUAUUUUAAAAAUGCGUGAAUUUAGUAAAAUCCUUUUUUUCUCACUAUGCAUGUGUAAAUGUUUGUAAUCUGGCUUCCCCCCCUUCUCCAGUGGUAUAAAGAAUUGUGCCGCUUUAAGGUUUGUUUUUUUUUUUUUCCCUCCAGUAAAAAUUUUGGUACCUUAUUUGAUGUUUACAUUAAAAUGUGACAUUAUAUAUGGCAA